AUGGAGCACCACGAGGUCCUGCGUGGGAAGAAGAAGAAGAAACGUGAUGUCCUGUGUGCAAUGGCAAAAACGGCUGUGGACCGCUCCGAUGGGCAGCUUGAGGUGUUUGCAGGGAGCGAGUUUGUUACCGAUGAGCUUCUCAUGUAUAUUGCAGAAAGGUCGCCCUCCCUUAAGAGCCUCAGCCUCGACUAUUGCAAUGUCUCCAAUGAAGCGUUCACUGAUCUCAUAAUCAAGUUACCUCUCCUUGAAGAACUCCUCAUUUCCCUAUGUCCGUUUGUUGACGGCGACGCGUAUGAGGUCACCAGCAAAGCUUGUGCGCGGCUGAAGCGCCUGUUGUUGCGACAAGGGCCUUAUGGUGGUGAUAGAGAUGGGGUGCUUGGAAUCGAGAUGAUGCACGAGUUGCGAUAUCUUACUCUCGUCGGCAGCGACAUCACGACGGAGGAGCUUGUUGCCAUCGUUGAUGGCUGUCCUCACAUGGAGCGUCUCUGCGUGCGCAAUUGCCGCAACAUCGUUGUCGACGGCGCUCUGCGAGCAAAGUGUUCAAGGAUCAAGACGCUGAUUCUGCCCCCCUUGCAGCAUUCACUCUACCGUCACCAUUUUCAUCCUGAUGAUGGCCUGUUCACUGACAAGUUCGACGACUGGAGGUCUGCCUAA